AUUUAUACACACACAUGAAAUACACGUAUAUAUGAACAAUAGUCUCUGUUUUCUCUUUCAAAGAAAGAAACCAUGGGUGUUGAGCCAGCAUGUCCUGUAUUACUUUUGUUUCUCGCUGGGAUUAUCAUUUGGGUAGUUGAAGCUGAAGUUCACUAUUAUGAUUUUGUUCUGGCUGAGAAGAAUUUCACGAGGCUGUGCAAGACCAAGAGUAUGCUGGUUGUUAAUGGCCAAUUCCCAGGACCCACCAUUUAUGUUCAUAAAGGUGAUACGGUGUUUGUUAAUGUCCAUAAUCAUGGGGAUUCUGGUCUCACCGUUCACUGGCAUGGGGUAAAGCAACCAAGGAAUCCAUGGUCAGAUGGGUCAGCAUACAUCACGCAAUGCCCUAUUGAACCUGGCCACAAUUUCACAUAUGAAGUUGUGUUUUCUGAGGAAGAAGGAACCCUCUGGUGGCAUGCUAACAGUGAUUGGACUAGAAACACUGUUCAUGGUGCCAUUGUCAUUUACCCUCCUCAUGGAUUUUCCUACCCUUUUCCCACUCCUGCUGGAGAACAAAUCCUCAUACUCGGGACCUGGUUUACCUAUGAUGUAAACAAGGUAAUCAAAGAGAUCCUGAGAACUGGGAAAGAUGUCCCUGUAUCUGAUGCUUAUAUCAUAAAUGGCCAGCCAGGAGAUUUCUGUGCUUGUUCUAAAGAGAUGGCAUACCGAUGGCAAGUCGAUUACGGGAAGACGUACUUGAUUCGCUUAGUCAAUGCAUUGAUGAAUGAAGAGUUCUUCUUUGCAAUAGCAGGACAUGAUCUCAUAGUUGUUGGAAUCGAUGGAAGCUACCUGAAACCUUUUACUACAAGUUAUGUCAUGUUAUCAAAUGGUCAGACAAUGGAUGUUUUAGUCAAAACAAAUCGAUCUCCUGGUCGUUAUUACAUGGCCGGUCGACAAUAUUACACCGAUAAUCUGUUUUUUACCGGAUAUGAUAAAACAAAUGCUUCUGCGAUUCUUGAGUAUAGAGGGAAAUACGACCGACUGUCAUCUCCUUUCUUUCCUGAAAAACUUCCUUCGUAUACCGACUAUGAUUCUGCAACACAAUUCAGGAAGCGUCUGAAAAGCUUGGCAAGCAAAGAACAUCCUAUAGAUGUUCCGAGAAACGUAACUACCCAAAUGUACAUAACAGCUUCCAUGGAUAAAAUUGUUCACAACUUUUCUGCGUAUAUGGACUAUACUCUUCUUUCAAGCUUAAACAAUAUAAGCUGGGUGAACCCCUCAACAGAUGUGCUUCAAGCUUAUUACAGGAACUUGAGUGGAUUCUAUACCUUGGAUUUUCCGGAUGAGCCUCCCUAUUACUUCGACUUUGUCGCCGAUUUGAGAGAUGAUAGUACGCAUCCAUUGAAGGGGACGAAGGUGAAAGUUUUGGAAUACGGUGAAGAGGUUGAGAUAGUGUUUCAGUCAACAAAUCUGUUGAACGCAUCGGAUGAGCAUUCUAUGUAUAUACACGGGCAUAAAUUUUACGUACUCGGAGAGGGUUAUGGGAAUUUCAACAGUACAAGAGAUACGGAAACCUAUAAUCUAGUUGAUCCACCUUACCUCAGCACUGCUUCACUCCCUGUGAAAGGAUGGCUGACGAUCAGAUUUAAAGCUAACAAUCCUGGAGUGUGGGCAAUGCACUGCCAGGAAGGUAGACAUUUGAUUUGGGGAAUGAACACUGUUCUGAUAGUGAAGAAUGGCAGCAAUCCGGAAACAAGCAUUCGUACUCCCCCUCCUAACAUGCCUUCUUGUGCAAGUUAUCCUUCCAUUCACAAAGCUUUGGAAGUUUCGGCUGAAUAAACCAGAACAAAGUUAGCUUUGUGCAUGAAAAAGAUCGACAAUGUGAAUGUGGUAAACAUCGAUGGUUCCUGAAUCUUUAAAGAGUUCCUCGGUUUAUACCGGUGUUUUCUUGAUGUUUAUUUGCUGGGAUAGGUUCCUAAUAUAUAUGGUUUAGCUAA